AGUCGAGCUCUUUUUGUUGAAGGUAUGUCAGUUCAUUUUUGAAUACCCAACGGUGACAAUCGCACUAAAAACCCACCCAAGCCUAACAAUGAAUCCUUUGGCAGUUGUUGCAGUCCUCUCCUCGAUGGCCCUGACGGCUCAGGCUGGUCUGGUUGGCGCUCCUCUGGCCGCCGCUCCUCUGGGUGCUCCAUUGGGUGCUCCUCUGGCCUACUCCGCCCCCCUGGGAGCUGCUCCCUACUUCGCCGCCCCGGCUGCGUACUCCGCUCCCUUGGGAUACGCCGCUCCUCUGGGCUACAACGCUCCCCUGUUGGCCGGAGCACCUGCUCCUCUGGUGGCCAAGACCUACGCCGCCGCUCCCUAUGCUGCUCCAUUCGCGGCUCCAGUUGCUGCUCGCCUAGCUGCUCCAGUUGCUGCUCCUCUGGCUGCUCCUCUUGCCGCUCCAGUUGCACCAAUUGCUGCUCCUUUGGCUGCUCCAGUUGCCCCAGUUGCUGCCCGUCUGGCUGCCCCAGUUGCUGCUCCUCUGGCUGCUCCAGUUGCCCCCGUUGCUCCCGUUGCCGCCGUGGCUGCUCCCCUGGCCACCGAGAUCGUGGAUGCCCACCCACAGUACUCGUAUGCCUACGAUGUCCAGGAUACGCUGACCGGUGACUCCAAGACCCAAGAGGAGACCCGUGAUGGUGAUGUUGUGCGUGGUUCCUACUCCCUGAUCGAGCCCGAUGGUUCCCGUCGCAUUGUCAGCUACUACGCCGAUUCCAUCAACGGAUUCAACGCAGUGGUGCAGAAGGAUGUGCCCGUGGCUGCUGCCGUUCCAGUGGCUCCCGUUCUGGCCAAGACCGUGGCUGCUGCUCCCGUCGUGGCUGCUGCUCCUGCUCCAGUGGCUCCCGUGUUCGCCAAGACUUUGGCCGCUCCCAUCGUUGUCUAAGGAGGAGGAGAAGGAUUGACCGCAAUUCGACAAAGGACUUUCAUCUGUACAUAUUCGAUUCGAUCAUUGUCGAGCUAAAAAAAUAACUUUCAUCGCAAAACCCAAAAUUAAAGAAAUUCUGUAAACAAAA